UGAGCUAUUCCAGCUUUGUUACUAGUAUCUUUUUUUCAUUAUUUUGAUCAAUGCAUCUGAGACCGAUUCUCUCACUGACACGACGAAAGGCCGUCGCCGGUAACCAUGGCACACCGGCAAACUAUUCCUUAGAAAUUUCCACAACUGAAGCGAACAAAGAAACCAAGCAAGUUAACUUCCUCUCAAUUACAAAUAAUUCAGGUAGACCCAUAUGUAUCCGUUCCGCUUUGAAGAUACAAUUUUUGCCGGGAAAUGCUUGCAUUCAAGAGUGGGGUGGGGUGGGGGUGAGGUCUAAGGCGGGAAAUCUUGAUGCCUAGUAUAUAAGGAGUUGAUUUUGAGUUGUGACACAUCGUUAAAUGUCGACCACUCGUAUUCUUAUGGAAUACCCACUUGAAUUACUCCUCUUGUCUUCUUCACAUUUUAUUUCCACCAACGAACUAAUUUCAUGGCUUUAUCCUCUUCCACUCUGUUGCUUGUGAAAUCCCACAUCUCUCUUUCUUCUUUUUCGAACCCAUCACUUUAUUUCAGAAAAACAACAUCUUCACUACCCCGACAACCAUGGGUACCAGGUGAAACCAGAAUUCGAGUCAGACCCAUUUCUUUAUCCAUUAUAAAUGGUCAAGCUGAUGAUCGAAAAGAAGAUAUUGUUAUUGUCGGGGCUGGAAUUGCUGGUCUUGCUACUGCUGUUUCUCUUCAGAGGCUGGGUAUUAGAACAUUGGUGCUUGAGCAGGGUGAGUCACUGAGGACAGGAGGGACCUCGCUAACACUCUUUAAAAAUGGAUGGAAGGCAUUGGAUGCUAUUGGAGUUGGUAAUGAUCUCAGGAGUCAGUUUCUUGAAAUUCAAGGGAUGGCGAUAAAAUCAGAAGAUGGAAGAGAAUUGCGCUCUUUCAGGUUCAAAGAUGAGGAUGAAAGUCAAGAAGUCCGUGCUGUGGAGAGGAGAGUCCUACUGGAAACACUUGCCAGUAGGCUACCGACAGAUGCUAUUUCUUUUUCAUCAAAGCUGGCAAACAUUGAAAGGAGUGAAAAUGGGGAAACUUUGUUGGAACUUGAAGAUGGUAUUCGAAUAUCUGCCAAGAUAUUGAUCGCUUGUGAUGGGAUUAGGUCGCCAGUGGCCAAGUUGAUGGGGUUUCCAGAGCCUAACUAUGUAGGACAUUGUGCAUUCCGAGGCCUAGCAUAUUUCCCUGAAGGACAGCCAUUUGAACCAAAAGUAAACUACAUCUACGGAAGAGGAGUGCGUGCUGGAUAUGUUCCUGUAUCUGAAACCAAAGUUUAUUGGUUUAUCUGCUACAAUAGCUCGUCACCUGGUCCAAAGAUAACAGAUCCAUCUAUAUUGAGACAGCAGGCUGAACAACUCGUUAGAAAUUGGCCAACCGACCUAAUAAACCUCAUCAAUCUUACACCAGACGACACAAUCAUAAGAACCAGCCUAGUAGAUAGAUGGCUUUGGCCCUCAAUAAGCCCUCCAGCCUCUACUGGCAGUAUUGUGCUGGUUGGCGACGCAUGGCACCCAAUGACACCAAAUCUUGGUCAAGGUGCUUGUUGUGCACUUGAAGAUUCAAUAGUUUUGACAAAAAAACUUGCAGGCGCUAUCAAGUCUAAACGUACUUCAGUCGAGGAAGCAUUCAAAGCAUAUGGAAGUGAAAGAUGGCCCCGUAUAUUUCCAUUAACAGUACGUGCAAAUCUUGUAGGUGCACUAUUGCAGUGGGAUAAUCCAGUGAUAUGUGCCCUUAGGGAUAACAUUAUUGUACCUAAGCUGGUUAGGCUUGGACCAGUUCUGGAGCAUACUAAUUUUGAAUUUGACCCUCUAUAACAAACUUAGAAAUUCAGUUGCUGGGGUUAGAAAAAAAUUCGUGAGUUGAUGUUGGCCAAUAAAUUGUUUAUGUAGAUAACACACUUGAGGUGUACCUCAAAAGUAUGAAUAUUGUUGUUUGUUAUUGUAAAUACUACACAGGAGUUGCUUCUUACA